AUGUCAGACGCGGCUGUAGACACCAACUCCGAGAUCACCACCAAGAACUUAAAGGCGAAGAAGGACAUUGUGGAGAAAACAGAAAAUGGAAGAGACGCAGCCGCUAAUGGGAAUGCUAACGAGGAAAAUGGGGAACAAGAGGCUGACAAUGCUGUAGACGAGGAAGAGGAAGAAGGUGGGGCGAAGGAGGAGGAAGAGGACGAAAGCGAUGCUGAGGAAGAAGAUGGAGAUGAAGAUGAGGAGGCCGAGGCAGCUACAGGCAAACGAGCAGCUGAAGAUGGUGACGAUGAUGAUGUUGACACCAAGAAGCAGAAGACAGAAGAGGAUGACUAG